GCCCAGGGGGCAGAGCGUGUUGAUCCGCCGUCGAUCGAAACACCGAGCGGAAGGAACGGGGGCACACCAACAGAUGAGAAAAGUUAAAGGAGGAGUGCCGCCGUUUCAAUACACACUCUGAGGCUUGACGGGGGUUUGCCCCACUUUUUUUUUUCUCACACCGCGACAUGGACGCUUUGAAAUCCGCCGGAAGAGCGAUAAUACGCAGCCCCAGCAUCGCCAAACAGUCGUGGGGAGGCGGCAGACAUAAAAAGCUUCCUGAAAAUUGGACGGACACGAGGGAGACCCUCUUGGAGGGCAUGGUGUUCCAGCUCAAGUACCUGGGGGUCACAAUGGUUGAGCAACCUAAAGGAGAAGAGCUGUCUGCAGCUGCUGUCAAGAGAAUAGUGGCCACAGCCAAAGCCAGUGGGAAAAAACUCCAGAAAGUCACACUAACGGUCUCCCCUCGUGGAAUUAUCCUUUACGACAGUGCCUCCAACCAGCUGAUAGAAAACAUUUCCAUUUACAGAAUUUCUUAUUGUACAGCAGACAAGAUGCAUGACAAAGUGUUUGCCUACAUCGUCCAGAGCCAGCACAAUGAGACUCUUGAGUGUCAUGCCUUCCUUUGCACAAAGAGAAAAGUGGCACAGGCAGUAACCCUAACAGUGGCGCAGGCUUUUAGAGUGGCGUUUGAAUUCUGGCAGGCUGCCAAAGAAGGGAAGGAGAAGAGAGUGAAGUCUGGUUCGGAUGGUGAAGGCGCCAACAGCUCCCAGUCGGACAGCUCGGCAAGCCUUGGCAGCCUGAAGGGAGGAGAGGUAACCACAACAAAACUCCUGGAUUUGACGGAAGGGACGGAUGUAGCUUUGGUCCACUCAGGAACAAUAGAAAUGGAAUCAAAUCCCCUUAUGAUGCAUAAAUGUGCAACGGAGAACAACAAUACAGUAUGGGAACUUGAGGACGGUCUGGAUGAGGCUUUCUCAAGGUGGCUCUUGGCAAAGGCCUAGUACCUGACUGCCCCCUAGCCAGGGAUACGGUGAAGACCUCAACGGCGGAGCAGGCGUAAGACAGUAGAUUUAAGAACUACCACAACGGCUGCGAUAGCGGAAGAAGGCUGCAGCAGAAAAGGGUCCCCAGUCGUCUUGGACUCCAUGCCACUGGACCCUGACCCGAUUCUGUCAAGGAUCGUGUGGUGACUGUCUGUGCACCAGUCUCCACACGUUAAACAAAGUCACGCACAGGCAUCCUCCAUAAAGGGAUACACUCCUACCAGGAGGAUCGUCAUACUCGUUCGAGUGACCAUCGAUGAUAUGCUAAACUAUUGGAAGCUAUAGUUACACCUAUUUUGUGUUGUAGGUGAGAAGGGUAAUGAGUUGUAUUGAAUCACUUAACUUUUGAACAGAGGUAAACAAAGUGGUGGGCUACCACACCAAGAUACUGUAACUGUUGUGCAGCAAACAGAGUGUGAACUAUCUUCAGUACGCAAGGGGACUAGAUCUUCCCACUAAAAGCCGAAACGAGCAAAAAAUGCAAACGAUGCAAUAUAAUAGAUCCCUAUACAUUAUCAAAAAAUAUUUGUCGCGUGAUCUCUAGGAUUAUCGGUCGGUCGUGUUCUCAGACAUAUCACAGUAUCUUGUGCCCAGACAUUCUACACGGUAAACAGAUGAAAACUUGGAAAAGCAUGGAAGUCUACCAUUUUUGUGUGUAGCUGGGUCAAAGAAAUUGGUAUCAAGAUAAAUCAUGCAUUUCAUGAUUUAGCGUUGCAUCCACAGCCAUGUUUGUUGCUUUGUUGAUGAUGUUGCACGCGCCGUUUACGUUUAUGCGUGUUUUCCCCAUCUUUAUAAAAAUAUAACUACAGAUGUCAAUAUUGUGUAUGUGCUGAAAGCUUUAUUUACGAUUGCUCCCUCUGGUAAAAGCUGAACUCUUUUAGGUUUUGCUGACACUUGAUUUAUUUUAUUUAGACACACAAGAGUUGGUGCUUUUGGAAACACACAAAGCAAAAAUGUGUUAAGAACUCCGAAACAAGAUAAAAUACAAAUAAUAUCAAGGUAAUACUUCAAUGGGAAAUAAUAAAUGUUAAAAGUAAUCAAACAAACCUUUGACGAAGUGAUCAUUGCAAACUUCUGCGUUCUUUGACUCUGCUCCCUUGGACUGGAGUGCGUGACACUUUUUUUUGUCGUCUUUCGUACAAUCUUGACGUCUUUUGCCCUUUUUGAUUAUUGUAUUUUUCGGAGUAUAAGUCGCACCGGAGUAUAAGUCGCACCUGCCGAAAAUGCAUAAUAAAGAAGGAAAACAACAUAUAAAUCGCACUGGAGCCCAGCCAAACUAUGAAAAAAACUGCGACUUAUAGUCCGAAAAAUACGGUACCUCUCGAGGGUCUCUGAAAAGACUUUGAUCUUUUUUAUGAUUUGAACGGUUCCAACAGCCUAAAACAAUGCAAGCAUAGGGCAUUUUUCUAUGAAAAAAGCCAAACUGAUGUCCAGAACGCAAUGACAACAGACGCUCGCUGGCCCACCACUUCGAGUCUCACGUAUUUAAUGAGCCGGACGUGACGUCAGGUGAAUACAACCUAUUGUUAGUGUUAU